AGUUUACAACUAGAUCUCCCCAAGUACCAGUAAGUGGGUGUGCUAAAGGUCGGAGAGAGACAGAGAGAAAAAAAAAAAGCAAAAGGGAGAAAAAUGAAAAUGAUGCCAGACGAAACCCGAAAGGGUCCUUGGACAGAACAGGAGGACAUACUACUGAUCAACUUCGUGAACCUAUUUGGUGAUCGACGAUGGGAUUUUAUAGCAAAAGUAUCAGGUUUGAACAGAACAGGAAAAAGUUGCAGGUUGCGAUGGGUUAAUUAUCUCCACCCUGGUCUUAAAAGAGGAAAGAUGACACCUCAAGAAGAAAGACUUGUCCUGGAACUUCACGCCAGAUGGGGAAAUAGGUGGUCAAGAAUUGCUCGCAAAUUACCGGGGCGAACUGAUAAUGAAAUAAAGAACUAUUGGAGGACUCAUACGCGGAAGAAGGCUCAAGAAAGGAAAAGCGUCGCUGAAGAAGGUUGCAAUUUUUCUUAUCCUUCGUUGGCUUCUCCAUCGUGGGAAUAUUGCCCAGACAUGCUUUGGAGCGUUUCUGUUGAAGAGAGCAAGAUGUUUCUCCCUUACGACGACGGCACAGUGCUUUUGACAGGCUAA